GUAAUAACAUCCCAUCUAGGAUAACAAGUUUAUCUUUAAGAAUUGAUUUACAGGCAAUAUUUUCAACGAGCAAUUUGUAUGAGUGGAGUGAUGUGCACUGAAUCAGAUUUUCAAGUUGAACCAGAAGAAAAAGCCAGAAAACUUGCUCGCCUGUUAGGAUAUCAAGGAACGAGUGAUAACGAUGUAUUGGAAACCCUGCUGAAAGCAUCUGCAAGAUCAUUGAUCAGACUCCAAAACCAUGUCGCAAGCCAACAGGAGGAAGGUGAUCCGUUACAGUUUUUAUUCAGACCUGUCAUCGAGCAAGAUGUUUUCAAAGACGCCAUAAUCACUCAGAGUCCAGAGAGAAUUCUCAAAUCGUUUGAUACCCUUAGAUUGCCUAUAAUGCUCGGUACCGUAUGCAGUGAAGGAGUUCUAGCAUUUGUAGAAAACAAAAACAACUUAAGUAAGUACAACAAACACGUAUCCUGGCUGGUUCCUCGUUUUAUGGAGAUUUGGGAUGAAAUCGAACGUAAAACAAUUGGGGACAGAAUCAAGCAAUUCUACCUGGGCAAUCAAGAUAUUGGCAGCGAUACAACAAAUGAGACCUGUAAUUUGAUGACGGACCUAACGUUUUCGGUGAUGUCAAAUUUGAGCUCAGAAUUGAUAGCAAAGUAUCAGCCGAAUGUAAAGCAGUAUUGCUACUUGUUCAGUUUUAUUGGCCGCUGCAACAUCACUAAAACCGUUUUGAAUGUGAAAAAUGUCGACGGAGCAGCCCAUACCGAUGAUAUUUUCAACUUAUUUGGCACCAAGGUUCUGCCCCAUGUUCUCCCGGAUAGUGACGAAUACAAAAUGCGCGAAAUUUUGGCGACAAUGUUGACCAAUUUUGCAAAAUUUGACGAUCCAACCCCAAAUGAAGCGCUCUUAGGAUUCAAGUGGACACCAAAUGCGCCAGUGCACCGAGACUCGGAACCAUUUGAUAUGGAUUGUGCUGAGCUUUGUUUACCCCCGCGAAUGAUUCGGAAUCCGAAUCAGGGCAGAAAGGAGUUUUGGAGAAAUCUGCUAAGGAAGCACACGGGUUUGAUGUAGCCUAAAAUUUAUAUCAAUAAAGUUUUUUUUUCCUAACUGUGGUGUACCGCUUAUCCCAGUCCCGGGUAUUAGAUGGUGACAUCCCUCGCUCCGAAUCUUGUCCGAAUUGGUCGGGUCCUCGUUCUCCCUUUAAUUUUUUAUUUAUUCAUGCAAAACAGGGUUCAGCCAGCGCGUAUAUAGCCCGGGUAGGUCGGAAUAACAAAACGGAGGUCAUUUCAAUAACAAGUUCUGUUAAAAUAUCUAUCAGAAAGUCAUGAUCAUCGGUAAUGAGAAGAAAAAAUAAUAACAUCCCCAACACUAAGUCUUAUAAUUGUUAUUGAACAGAUCUUAUGAGAGAACCAAACCAUUCAAUCA